GGAAGGAAGUGUAACCCAUUCAUGACAGUUGCUGCAGUUGUUUUGUGCAAUGAAAUGAUUUCGACUUCCUUAUAAUUCAACACGCGCGUUUCUUUACACAAACGACUUUUUAUUGAACCGUACAAGCGGAUAUUUGCUGAAAUAAGCACCGGUGAAAGAUGGGAUACAUGACAGUAGAGGAGCACAGCUCCACUUUGCUCCACCUGAAGAGAUCUCCGGGCAUUCGUUCAUGGUCUCUUCUUGUUGGUAUUACAUCGGUUGGGUUGGCAGCUGCAUACUACAGCUCAGACAGCAUCCCGUGGAAGCUUUUCUAUGUGACCGGAUGUCUGUUUGUGGCCAUGCAGAACAUGGAGGAGUGGGAGGAGGCGUUGUUUGACAAAACCAAGAAUCUGAUCGAGCUCAAGACCAUCAGCUUGUACGCUUCAAUCCUUACGUUGUGGAGGAAGGGCCAAGAGAAAGUUGUGUUGGAUCUGACACAGCUCUGUGAUAUUUGCGUCCAAGAGGAGAAGGUACGGUAUCUGGGGAAGGGGUACCUGCUGAUGCUGCGGCUGGCUGCUGGCUUCUCAUACCCCCUCACACAGAAUGCCAUGCUGGGGGGACGCAGUGAUGUGGAGGCAAUGGCUGCAUUGCUGAAGCGCUUCGUGGGGCUGGAGGACCUGCAGCAGCAGCACAGGCAGCACGAAGAAGAGGCAGAGGUCGGAGAAGAGGAAGAUUAUGCGGACGACAGCAGUGAUUCGGAUGAUGAAGCUAAUGAACUCUGAUCACUGUGACUCGCAGCUUUCCUGUAACUCUGGGUGGACUGAAUUUGGGGCAUUAUACAGGGUGAAGCCUUUUCUUCAUUUCUACGUGUGGGCAAGCGAGGGAGGGCGACUGCAGCUGAGGGAGCGUACAAUGUUUUUUCCUACACCUACAUGUUUUGUCAGGGACAUAUUAAGUUUAAUCAACAUUUUCCAAGAGUUUCCAGAAUUGGGGUGAAAGACCUUUUUUUACACUGUAAAUGUAGCUUUCUGCAAACGAGUAUUGCGUUUCUGAUGUAAGAGUACACUCCAUAUUACAGAUUUACUGUGCCUUCCUCUUGUACUCUAAUAGGUGUUUAUGUGUAAUAGUCAUGGGAAGUGCCUUUCCCACAGUUUGGCCCACCCAGCUGAUAAUCACCUUUUUGCCUGUUUACAGCUGGAGUCCCGAUGAAUGCACGUGCAAGCUAUAGCCAGGCUUGAAGGAUUUUCAUGGCUCAGUCAAGAGUAAUCUCUGUGUGAAAUUAAUAGGCUGCUUUUCUGUUUUUGUACUUUUUGUGAACCAAAGACUGAAUAUCAGGCGACACCUUGGUGAUUUAAAGUGUUUUUUUCCCACUGAACUUUUCUUUGUGUGUUGAAUCAGGGCUGUGUCCCUUACGUCAGACACUGAAUGUUUGUGCUGCUGAGAGAAAAACCAGAGGGAUUUUGGGGUUAACUGUUGAUAGAUAUUAUUGCCUUUGUUUACUUAAUUUCUUUUUGCAGAAAUUAUAUAAAAAUGUUUUAAUAUAAAACCCAA